AUGAAGAGUAAUCAAGCAAGAUUAAAUACAGGAAAUGUGGUUCCUCUUCUUGGGUUUGGUACUUAUUCUUGUACAUAUGAUUAUGAAACAACUCAAAAAGCCAUUUAUAUGGCUAUUAAGAUGGGAUACAGGCAUUUUGACACAGCAAAAAUAUAUGGAUCAGAGCCAGCUUUGGGGAAGGCUGUAAGGGAGGCUAUUAGUGAUGGUUUAGUUGAUAGGGAACACAUUUUUGUUACUUCCAAGCUUUGGUCAAGUGAUCACCAUGAUCCUGUUUCUGCUCUUCAUCACUCUUUACAAAAUCUAGGAAUGGAGUAUGUGGACUUGUACUUGGUUCACUGGCCCGUAAGAUUUAAAAAAUGGACAGAUUAUCCAAUUCCAAAUGAAGAAGACUUUGAAGACUUGGACUUGAAAGCUACUUGGGCCGGGAUGGAGAAAUGCCUUCAGUUGGGCCUUUGCAAAGCUAUCGGAGUUAGCAACUUCUCAACCAAAAAACUUCAAUACCUUUUGGAUUUUGCUUCGAUAUAUCCUGCUGUUAAUCAGGUAGAAAUGCACCCAAUGUGGAGGCAGAACAAGAUGAGAAAAUUUUGUGAAGAUUAUAAGAUUCAUGUUAGUGCUUAUAUGCCUCUUGGUGGCCCUGGAAAUUUCUGGGGAUCAACUUUUGUAAUCAAAGAUCCCAUCAUUUUAUCGAUUGCCAAAAAACACAAAGUAACUCCUGCUCAGGUUGCAUUGAGAUGGGGAAUGCAAAAGGGAGUAAGUGUAAUCGUAAAGAGCUUCAAUGAAGGCAGGAUGAGAGAAAAUUAUGGUGCCAUUAAUCUAAAGUUAGAUGAUAAUGAUAUGGUUAACAUCGAAAAGAUGGUAGAGAUAAAAAUUAUGAGAGGAGAUCAUCUUAUCAAUACAACUACUAGCCCUUACAGAACAAUCGAACAACUUUGGGAUUACGAGAUUUAG